GUAGAUGAGGAAUAAGUGAAUAAAACACAACCACAUGUCCCCACUCUUUUGACUUAAAAAACCUUAUAUGGUGACCUUCUAAAUGGUGGAAAUAGCACCCAGUUCAGGAACAAACUUCUGGCUAAAGAUUCAUGGUGCUUUCUUUCUUAAUAUUUAGUUUUAACAGAAGAAUAAAAUGGAGGUUAAAGGAAACAAAUGCAACUAUGUGAUCUCUAGAUCAUCAAACACAUCACCAAUGGCGACUUUUAUAAGACGCGUUUUCGUUAGAAUUCAUUCCGCUGUAGAUUCAUGGGAAAAGAACCACUCGCCUUGCAGGCGAAGAGGUCUGCAUAGAGACGUCGAACAAGAUGAACUUCAGCACAUCAAUACAAAUUGUCUGUCAUCGUAUUAUAGCGUCUUUGUAGCCCGACUCGCCAUCAUGGUAAUGUUGGCAAUCCUUAUAGGUCUGCUAACACUUCUCACAUGGCAUUUUACUAAAGUGUACACAAGAACAUCGUUAAACGCUUUGGCAUAUGGUUUGCGAUACGAAUUGUUACAGCGGCCUGUGUUACGUAUGUGGGGUGUUUUAAAUUCUACUGUCGAAAUAACAACGGCUCAAGUUAAGCUCUCUGAGUAUGUGGUCAGAAAGUACAAAAAACCGGAAAACCAAGCACAGCAAUUAUAUGAAGUUAUGAGAGCUGUCACAUGGGCAUUAUUUGCAAGUCACAGAGCGCUAAAUUCGAUAACGAUAAAGUACCAAAACGGUUUUGUUCAAGCGUUUCACAGAGAUCCUAGAGACAACAGUACAUAUUACAUAUACAAUGAUCUCACAAACUACACAAUGGCUGGAGCUGGACCUUAUGAUGUCAACGCGUCAUCGUCUCAUCAAGGGUGGAAUGAUCAAACGAUACGUAGUAACAUAUCAGCAAUCUGGUACAGAGAGCCACUGGAUCCCAACACUGGUGAUAAGAUUGGAAAACAAAAGGCGAUUCCUCCAGACGAGUUGAUCAAUAUCGCAGGCAUUUCUCAAGUUCCAUAUGGUGCACCUUCUUGGCAUGUAGCUGUGAGUAAAUUUACAAAUUCGCCCUUGCUUUCAGCGGCUAUGCCGGUUCGUGAUGCGCCUGACGGGAGUAUAGUGGCGGUUGUGGGCGUUACCACCUCCCUGUAUAGCGUCGGUCAGCUUAUGAAAGAGCUUGUUGAGUUUCAUAGUGGUCAUAUUUACUUGACGUCUCAAGAGGGUUGGUUGUUAGCCACUUCUUCCACAACUCCGUUGUUGACAAACACAUCGGAUGGACCCACGCUCAUGAUGGCCGUUGACUCACAAGACCCGGUCAUACAAACCGGAGCCAAGUGGCUACUAAAAGCUUAUGGGAAUAAACCACCGCCGAACCAUGAGGUUCAUAUAGAGAAAGCGAAAUUAGGCAACGAGCUUUAUUACAUCGACUCGUUUUUCUUGAACUUAAAGAGACUUCCCAUGGUGGGCGUUUUAAUUAUUCCAAGGAAAUACAUAAUGGGAAAGGUGGACGAGCGAGCUUUUAAAACGUUGAUGAUACUGAUAUCUGCAUCUGUGUGUAUAUUAGUUAUAGGAUGUGUAUGUAUAUUUGUGUUAACAAAUGGGGUCUCGAAGGAAAUGAAGUUACGUGCAGAACUAAUUAGCCAUUUGGAUGCAAGAAGGAAAGCAGAGGCAUCUAGCAACUACAAGAGCCAAUUUUUAGCAAACAUGAGUCAUGAACUGAGAACACCAAUGGCUGCAGUCAUAGGAUUGCUUGACAUUCUUAUAUCCGAUGAAUGUCUCACAAACGAGCAAUAUGCAACAGUUAGCCAAAUCCGUAGAUGCUCAACGGCUCUUCUACGGCUUCUCAACAAUAUUUUGGACAUUAGCAAGGUUGAAUCAGGAAAACUGGUUCUGGAAGAAGCCGAAUUUGACAUGGGGCGAGAACUCGAAAAUCUAGUAGAUAUGUUUUCCGUGCAAUGCAAAAACCACAAUGUGGAAACCGUUAUAGAUCUCUCUGAUGAUAUGCCAAAAGUUGUUCAAGGGGAUUCCGCUAGAGUUGUUCAGAUUUUCGCUAAUCUAAUCAGCAACUCAAUCAAAUUUACAACAUCAGGAUACAUUAAUCUGAGAGGAUGGUGUGAAGAUCCACAUUCUUGUACCGAAAAUGGGAAUUUUCGGCUUGAUCAAAAAGCUUUAUGGCCAGCACCAAAGAAUAAACUGAUACAACAGGAAAGCGAAGAGAAAAGUUCCUGCAAGAAGGACAAAAAAGUGAUUCUUUGGUUUGAAGUUGAUGAUACCGGAUGUGGAAUCGAUCCAAGCAAAUGGGAGUCAGUAUUUGAAAGCUUCGAACAAGCUGACCCGUCAACGACUAGACUGCAUGGUGGAACUGGUCUUGGACUCUGCAUCGUUAGAACUCUGGUUAACAAAAUGGGUGGAGAUAUUAGAGUUGUGAAAAAGAACGGGCCAGGGACUCUAAUGCAACUUUAUCUGCUACUUGGUACACCCGCAGAUAUACCACAAGAAAAUUACAAACUAAAGUAUGCAGAUCAUAAUCUUAAGGUAGUGCUUGCAUUAAACGGAAGUAUGUGCAGGAUGAUUUUGUCGAAAUGGCUAUUUAAAAUCGGAGUGCCCACAUGGGAUGCAUGUGAGUGGAACGAACUAACACACAUACUUCAGGAGCUUUUUAUACCUUCGCGGUAUACACAAAACUUGACAUACGAAUGUUCAAAGGUCGAAUCAAUAAGCAAGCAGGAAAUGGAGGUUUCGGUUUUCAUUGUAGUUGUUGAUAUCGGAUUGCUAAAUUUAAGCACAGGCAUAUGGAAAGAACAGCUCAAUUUCUUGGAUAUAUUUAAUAAACGAGCAAAGUUUGCAUGGGUUUUAAACCAUGAUACGUCUAACACCAUCAAAAUGGAGCUUCAUAACCGAGGACAUCUGUUGAUGGUAAACGAACCGUUAUAUAAAUCGAAAAUGAUUCAGAUAAUGGAAGCUGCCAUUAAAGAAAAAAUGAUUCCGUUAAGACAUGGUGGUAUUUUGGGAGGUGAUACACAUGAAUUUCUGGAAAUUGAUAAUGUGCAUUCGGAUCCUGAAAGUUCAAACGAUUCUGAAAAAUCGGAAAUUAAUACGAUUCAAGUUGAAGAAACACGGCGUACAUUUUCUUCUUCUAGAUACGGAGCUGUAAACAACUGUUUUCUUGAACUAACUGAAGUAUGUUCAGAGAGGAACAAACUGGGGGCAAAUGAGACAUUUCCAGUGGCUGCUAAUCGCUGUAAUUCUCAGGAGAAUCGUAUGCAGUACGCGGAGAAGACAGUUAACGGACAAAAGUCGCUCGAAGGUGUACGUAUUUUGCUUGCAGAAGAUACACCGAUACUCCAGAGAGUGGCAACUAUAAUGCUUGAAAAAAUGGGUGCCAUAGUUUCGGUUGUAGGAGAUGGAGUGCAGGCAGUGGAAGCUUUACAACGUCCCGUAGAAGAUGGUAUGCCAGCUCAGACAAAGAUGCGGGAUCCGCCACCGUAUGACUUAAUACUCAUGGAUUGUCAGAUGCCAAAGAUGGAUGGUUAUGAAGCAACAAAAACAAUACGGAGGGCGGAAAUGGGAACCGAUUUGCAUAUUCCGAUCGUUGCACUGACAGCGCACGCCAUGUCGUCCGAUGAAGCUAAAUGCUUAGAAGUUGGCAUGGAUGCGUAUCUAACGAAACCUAUUGACUGCAAGCUUAUGGUUUCCACCAUUUUAUCGUUAACUAAGUUACAACCUAAUUCUCACAUAAUAAGCAGCAUAAAAUAAUGUUACUUCACAAGUUAGAAGAAACAACAAGUUUAUAAAUUGUACCAAUGUAUAGCAUAAAUAGUAGCAUAGAGGAGCAGAGUUUUGACUUAAACAUAUGACAAAGCAUAGUUCUUUUUGAAUCUUGUGGCCAAUAAUAAUAAUAUUAAUAAUAACCAAAGUGUGCUUGUUCAAGUACACAGUUUUCUUUC